GCUCCAGGCAGCAGGUUUUGUUCCCUCCUGUGCCACAUUCUGUCGGGCAGUACUGGAGUCAUUUUUGGAACGGGCUGCCCCAGGUCUCUGUUCAAGGGCUUCUGCCUCCAGGUCAGUGUUGUGAAACUUUCUCCAGAGGUGGCCUGGAGGCCAAGCAGGUGUGGCAGUUCUGCAGCAGAAGCAUCUGCCACAAAAGCGGAAGAUGACUCUUUUCUCCGGUGGGUCCUGCUCCUCAUCCCCGUGACUGCUUUUGGCUUGGGGACAUGGCAGGUCCAGCGUCGGAAGUGGAAGCUGAACCUGAUUGCAGAGUUGGAAUCUAGAGUUCUGGCCGAGCCUGUCCCUCUGCCCGCAGACCCAGUGGAACUGAAAAAUCUGGAGUAUAGGCCAGUGAAAGUCAGGGGGUGCUUUGACCACUCCAAGGAGCUGUAUAUGAUGCCCCGGACUAUGGUGGACCCUGCCCGGGAGGCCCGGGACGCCGGCCGCAUCUCCUCCUCAGCCGAGACUGGGGCCUAUGUGGUCACUCCCUUCUACUGCGCCGACCUGGGAAUCACCAUCCUGGUAAAUAGAGGGUUCGUUCCCAGGAAGAAAGUGAAUCCUGAAACCCGGCAGAAAGGCCAGAUUGAGGGAGAAGUGGACCUCGUUGGGAUGGUGAGGCUGACAGAAACCAGGAAGCCUUUUGUCCCCGAGAACAAUCCAGAAAGGAACCACUGGCAUUACCGGGACCUGGAGGCUAUGGCCAGAAUCACAGGCGCAGAGCCCAUCUUCAUUGAUGCUGACUUCAAAAGCACAGUCCCCGGAGGACCCAUUGGAGGGCAAACCAGAGUCACUCUGAGGAAUGAGCAUCUGCAGUACAUCAUAACCUGGUAUGGACUCUCUGCAGCUACAUCAUACCUGUGGAUUAAGAAAUUUGUACGUGGAACACCUGGUGUGUGAGACCAGCUGCUAAAGCCCUAUCCCUGAAUAAUGACGUAUUUGAAAACAUUACCUUUAUGCUGGAUCAUGUGCUCUUGGGAUAAAUAAAACUUCUGGGCCUUCUACCUUGCAUGA